AUGCCGCGCCGCGACAACGGCUUCCGCAGAGACGGCGCGCUGAGCCUCAACGCGCACCAGCUCGGCGGCGCGUCGCUGUACCUCGGCCUCGUGCUCGGGUUCUAUCUCCUCCAGGCGCCAGCCAUCGAGGACGCGACCGCGCGGCUCGCGUGCGAGAUCGCGUUCGCGUGCGUCGCCGCCGUCGUCUGCGGCGCCUUCUUCCGCGCGGCGGCGAUCGACCCCGCGGACGAUACGCACGCUCUGGCGACGAAACCGGGGGACGUGAUGCGUUGCGACUUGUGCGCGCACGCCGUGUCGCGAGGAUCGAAGCACUGUCGAUCGUGCGACAAGUGCGUCGCGCACUUUGACCACCACUGCCGAUGGCUCAACAACUGCGUGGGGAGCAAGAACUACGCGCCGUUCUUCCUUCUCCUGUGCUCGACGUUGACGCUCACCGUCGCGCAGUUGUGCGCGGGGGCGUACCUGACGCACUGGGCCGUCACGGAGAAGGACGAGGCCGACGCGUUGCUGCGAUCGAGUCGCUACCCGACGAAGAUUAAUCGAAAUCAUUUUCUCGCCGCCCUGGGGGUGUACCUCGCCGCGGGCGCGCUGCUGUGCUACGUCGUCGCCGACCUCUUCUUCUUCCACCUGCUGCUGAUGAAGCGAGGGAUCACGACGUACGAUUACGUGCUGGGCGCGAGGGCGGCGGAGGAGGUGGAGGGCGGCGCGGGGGGGUCGGCGGCGAAGCCGCUGUCGUGUCUCUGUCUCCGUUGCGGCGGCGGCGGCGAUAGAAAGCGCGUCGCGCCGGAGGAUGAGGACGACGACGACGACGACGAUUUAGACGGGACCGGGGGUCGAAGGAGGAGGAGGAGGAAGAAGAAGAGGGUGGAGAUCUCGUGCUGGAAGCUGCUGUUCUCGAAGAACGCGGGCGGGAGGAGGGAGAUUGGCGGCCGUGGCGGCGGCGGCGGCGGCGGAGGCGGAGGGUUCGGCGAUAUCGAAACCGCCGUCGUCGAGAGCGUGUCGUCUUCCGACGACGGGAGCGAGACGUAUCGCGUCGGGCAGCCGCGGGUGAAGACGUGAGCGCGUCGUCGUCGUCGUCGUCGUCGUCGUCGUCGCGAGCGAGGGAUAGAGCGCCCGCGUAGAGGUACGGUAGGCCAGCGCGAAGGUACAUAUUUAUUGGGAGGUCGACAAC